AAUCGCUUAGCAUGUUUUUGUUACCGAUAUUUUAAGAAGUGCGGUUCGAUCCUUUUUGUGUUCUUUUAAAUCCGGUUUAAUCAGUCGUAAUGCCGUUUGUCGUUGUGCAAACCCGCAAGAAUAAAAAAUCCAAACCGUGCAUGACCGUUGUGCCGGAAAAGUGGGCCAAAAGAGACCAUGUUUACUGGCCGCCAGCAAAUUUGGUAUCGCUUUCCAAAGAUGGAUUUUCGGAACCAAACAUUGAUGUUUGGAAAAUUCAGAAAUGUAAGGUUGUUGGUCGUGGCUCGUCAUAUGCGGUUGCUGAAGACGUGAUGCGACGGUUGGAGGCGGUCACGGACUCGGAGGAUGCUGUACAGUCAACUCUAGGAACACGGGCCAAUCCUGGCAAGAAAAAGGUCAAAUUUGUGCCAAAAGUGUACGAACUGAAAAGCAGUAAGAAGGAUCACGUAACAAGCCCUCCGGAGAACGAGGCCACAUACCCACUUUUUCCAGUGCCAAAACCGCAGACGACCUCACGCCCAGAGGAAUUGCGUGGCGUUGCCUCCACUGCAUCACAGCAAAUCACGGAAAUCUCUCAGGGAAGUAAAGCCGAUGAUGAGUUCGAAAUGGGCGUCAGGAAUUAA